UUUCGCAAAGGAAAAGGAUUAAUCCCUGGAGGAAAAAAGAAAACAAAAUGGCGACAUAAGAGAAGAACUCAUGGUGGCAAGGCGUAAUCUGUUUGCGCCGGAAUAUUUUUUGCCUGGUCGCGCAGUUACAUUGUAACGGAACCGGUUUGAAGGUAUGUCAAUGCGAGCUGUCAAAUGGAACCGUUUGCCGUGCGGUUGUUUGAAGUGUUCAUUUCGAAAGAUCGUAGUAGGCAUGGAAAUUGUAUGCCGUACACGGUGAGCCCCGCCGAAUCGAAACUAUAUUACGUAAUGGAGCCUUUCGAGAAGCUGAACGCACGGACCUCAACGCCGAUAAAAAACAUAGAAAAUCCGGUCCAAAUGGAACGUACGGCCGUCCUGGAGGACAUUUCAAUGGGGGAGGAUACACCCGACGAGCUGCAGGCAACGGUCGUCGUGCCCGUGGUGCCCGUGGUGCCCGAGGAAGCGGACGAAAACAUGGAGGCUACUGAGGACAACUCCACGCUGAAAAUGGACGACGCUCCGGCAGACGAUACGGCGGAGUACGAUUCACUUGAUGACGAGCUGUGUUGGAUGCUGAAUCAAUCAUGGAAUUCCAGGCGCCCUGCUCGUUCGGAUAGCACUCUGGGCAUGCUAUCGAAAUCGAUGUUAAGCUCUAGUGAUGAGGACACCCCGGCCGAAAAAUGGCCGCCAAAUACACCCAGGCAAAAGCGUCGGGUAUCGUUUGAUGAUAGACCAGUAACUUUCGGUGACAGAGGGGUAAAACGCCCUCACCCCCCGGGCCCAUCGUCGGAUUCGUCCGAUGAUGACGAUAGUUCCUUCUGGGCGUGCUUCCGUCGCAGACAGAAGUCGCCGAAAUCUCCCGAGCCGGGGCCAUCGGGGCUGCAGAAACGGCGCCCACCAACACCCGCAAAGGAUGCCGAGUAAUGACGUGGCUCCAAGUUAAUUCCUAAAUUCCGAACGAACUAUCAGUUCUUAAUUGUUUACGUUUCGUUAAUUAAUAAAAAUACAUAAAUCAUUGUUUGUAGAUGUUGAUGAACAUUGAUGCGUGUUGUUGCGUGUUCUUCUUGGGCACAUUACUACAAGCUGACGCUUUCUGCUUGGUUUGAUUUGGAGCUGUUCAGCAAAGGGUAGUGUUA